AUGGUGGUGGGCAGCGAACAGCGUCUUUUCGCUGCGCACGAGGAUGUUCUGUCUACUUCGCUGUACUUUCGCACUGCUUUGAAAGAAAAGCUCCUGGAAGACGGUGCUAAGCAACUGGCUUUACCUGACGAGGAGCCUGAGAUCCUAUCCUGUGUGCUAGAGUUCCUGUACAAGGGUGAUUACUAUCCACGCUUGUUCCACAGCAAACAUCGAGACUCUUGGUACCUCGAAAAUGCACAGGAUAGUGACGAAAAUGGUGGUCGCGGGUCGAGUGAAGCGACAUUCUUCCACCCUGGAGUGGGGGAUGUCGUGCUCCGAGACACCGUGGUAUACUGUACAGCGGAGAAAUUCGGCCUGGAAGAGCUGAAGCGUAUUGCACUCCGAAAGCAAGGCCUUCAGGUUGGUAUUCCAGCUGAUGUGAUCUUACGAUCUGCCCGGUACGCGUAUGACAACACCCCGGACUCGGAGUCCCGACUUCGCGCUCAUUAUCUGGCUCUCAUCAUCCGAAGUCGCAAGACUUUCAAAAGGAGCGGGACUAUGCAAAUGGAAAUGCAGAACGGUGGCAAGUUAUUUUUUGACCUUUUUGUUGCGAUGUGCAAUCACAUGGACGACCUGGCGGAGCUCCGGUAG